UGUGGUGCGAUCGCGCACAUCGUUGCAGCCGCAGUUACCGCGGGAUUGCGAGAUAUUCCCACGAUAUUGUUGUGAUGACACACUGCCACACUUUCCCACGCGCGCUCGAGCUGUGGCACACGGAUCCUCCUUAAAAAAAAAAAAAAGCUCGUAGCCGGUCGCUCGUGCACGCGCCGCUGCCUGGGGGCACGAGGCGGGCCAGUGGAUCGGGAUCAUGUGAGUGUCCACGCGCCGAAAGUAGGAGACUACAGAGAGGCACAGACGCGGGCGGAGAGAGAGAAAGUGGGGAGUGCAUCAUAUUUUCAAUGAUUAGUUACAUUGCGCGCUUGUAUACUGACAAAAAUGAAGACUAGCAUGAAGGGGAAUUUACUCUAAACAACCGGAGAUCGCUUCUUGUUUUAAGACGACGACCUGGCCGUGCAGUAACUUCACUUCUUUUAUUUUAUUGCAUGCACUCCUUUUUUGAGUUUUUCAAGUUCCGCUAGAUUUUCAAUCAAGACGUUCAAAUGUACUGGAGUUUUUUUCUUUUUCUCAGAUAAUACAGCGUCAAAAUGAGAGCUCAAAUCGAGGUUAUCCCAUGCAAGAUUUGUGGGGACAAGUCGUCGGGCAUCCAUUAUGGAGUGAUCACUUGUGAGGGUUGCAAGGGCUUCUUCCGUCGAAGUCAGCAGAACAAUGCUAUGUACUCUUGCUCCAGGCAGAGGAACUGCCUUAUUGACCGAACCAAUCGCAACCGCUGCCAGCACUGCCGCCUGCAGAAAUGUCUGGCGCUGGGAAUGAGUCGCGAUGCCGUAAAGUUUGGCCGCAUGUCCAAAAAGCAGCGCGACAGCCUAUACGCCGAGGUUCAAAAGCACCAGCAGUCCCAGGAGCGGGCAGGGAUUCUAGGUGGCACUGUACCCAGCCACACUGAUGAGGAGACCGGAGACAACAACAGCAGCCACGCCCGGGCUUACAGCCGGGGCUCCAGCACCACCCUUAGUGACCUGGAUGACAUCACCAUGCUACCGGACGGCCUGCUGUUCGAUCUGCCGAUCACGCCAGAGGGAGCCGGCGACUGCUGCAGCCUGGAGCUGUUAGGGGGCAGCGGAGGAAGCAGUUCAUCCUCCCAGAGUUCGCCUGAGCCAAACAGACAGGAGUUCACAGACACGCCACACAUCAAACAUGAGUACGUGUCUGGACUCUUCACACGCUCGCUGCUUAAUCCACCUGAAGGCUGUUCCAUGCUGGAAAUUGAACGCAUGACACAGAACGUAGUCAAAUCGCACAUUGAGACGAGUCAGUACAGCCCUGAGGAACUGAAGAGGUGUGCAUGGAACCUCUACACCCCUGAGGAGAUACGCACCUACCAAAACAAGUCCACAGAAAUUCUGUGGCAGCAGUGUGCUGUGCACCUCACCAACGCCAUCCAGUACGUGGUGGAGUUUGCCAAGCGUAUGUCUGGCUUCAUGGACCUUUGUCAAAAUGACCAGAUUGUUCUUCUCAAAGCAGGCUGCUUGGACGUGCUGUUGAUCCGAAUGUCUCGGGCCUACAACCCCAUCAAUAACACGCUGAUGUUUGAUGGAAAGCACGCAAGCCCUCAGCUCUUUAAAUCGCUCGGUUGUGAUGAUCUGGUAAAUGCUGUGUUUGAAAUGGCUAAAACUCUAAAUCGGCUGCAGCUGUCUGAAGAGGAGAUGGGACUAUUUUCUGCCACUGUACUUCUAUCUCCAGACCGACCUUGGCUGACAGAUAGCCAGAAGGUACAGAAACUUCAGGAGAAGUUGUAUGUUGCAUUGCAACACUGUCUUCAUAAAAGUGGUGCCCCGGAGGAGAAUCUGGCGAAGAUGGUGUCCAGAUUGCCUAUGAUGAAGUCGAUUUGCAACCUUCACAUUGAUAAACUGGAGUUUUUCCGUCUCCUUCAUCCAGAAACGGCCUACGGUUUUCCUGCUCUCUACAGAGAGGUUUUCUGCAGCGAGAUCACCUUUCCAGACUCCACUGAGGGCUAACAUUCAUUGAAGUGCCAUACUGGUGCUGAUGAGAGAGAGGUAGAGAGUGUUUAGGAAAGACAGAGGAUGGGAAUAGGAGGUAGAUGGAGAUGUGUUGGAGAAAAAAACGGCAACACAUUGACAAUCCUGCGCAUUUACACUUCCUCCAUCUUUAAUCUGUGACGGGGCGAUCCACCGCAUUAUUUAAACAGGACCCAGAUUUCUCACAGUGUUCUGUUUAAAUGAACGCCUAUGUAACACAAGGUGCUGGUUCAUUUUACUCAUGCUACCUACUUGCAUCUUCCCAAAAAGGAAGUGCUUAAAAGGUGGAUGGAGGGAUAUUUCCCCUCAUCAAUUCCACAACUUUUAGCAAGAGCAUUUACAUGAAUGUAACCCAUCCUGACUUGUGGCACAGCCUCAGGGUUAGGACAGAAUGUACUGUUUAUGUUUCCCUGCCUGUAUGUAAACAAGCUCUCGAGGUUGAAAAAAAACGUGACUGUUUUGAAUUCACGGCAAAACUGUUCAAAGGGACCAAAUGCAAAAGAUCAUAGAUCUUCAAAGAUCAUAGAUUCAAAGAUCAUAAAUGCCAAGUGAGCAGUCACACUAUAACAGGCACUAACAUACAGAGCAAUAUUCAAGCUCUUUAAUUGUGCAAAAAAAUCGAAAAGAUACAAUUAAACUAGCGAAAACCUCAUCCCUGCUAUUCCUUUCCCACACAAAUGCCACUUGAUAAAGAUAUUAGAUGGACAAAGAUGUUAGAUACUAUUUGAUAUGUUCCAUUGAUUUGAACAGAAACCACAUGGAUGUAGAAUAUUAGAUGUUUGAAAAUAUAUUUAUAUACAGAGCGAGAUAUACAGUAUAUGUAGAGAGAGAUAGACAGAGGACUAAAUAGAAAGUUGCACCUUCGAAUGAAUGUUCUCAAGCCUCUUUGGAGACUUUUGGAGUUCUGGGAUGACUUAACUGGAUUUGGAUUUUGCCUGACAAGCUUUAGAUGUAGACGCAGAUAAACAGCACUUCUUGAUGCACCACAAAAACUGGGGGAACUAUAAGAAAGACUGUCGUGGAGACCAUCUUUUUGAGUGGGACUUUCGCCACACAUUGGACGGCUGAAAGACAAUAGCACUAUAAGGAAUUGUUUCAGACCCCCUCAAUAAGAGUGUAGCAAACCAAUUGAACAGAGCUCUUUGGGAGCAGGGCCUCUAGAGACUGCAAAUAUCAGCGCAGGAAACGGAUGGGAGGAACUGUGUGUUUUUAGAGACAACGGAGAGACAACUUGAGUUCACGUCUCUCGGACACCACGGAAAUGAGGCCCAGAUGUCAACAUUCAGUUCUCUGCUUUUCUUCAGCUGCAUGUUAAGUGGACUCACAGGCUAUACUUCAUGCAUCGAUUCUGAUGUGAGGAUCUGUUGUGUUGCAAUGUGUUCUUUUCCCACAACCCUAUCAACCUGUUGUGUUCACAUGUAUUAUAGAUUGACAGAGCCAUCAGCUACCCCCCUGAGUUAGGAAAUAUUAGAUUUAGUUUGUUUUAAGACUUUCAGAUCGAAAAUAUUUCAUGUCUUUCCGCCAUGUGAUAGCAACAUCUAUUCUUAAUCAGGAAGUCAAAAAAUCGUGCAGGCUGGAGGUCUGUAAUUUAGGAGUGGCCCAGUAACAGGAAAACUGUGGAAAACCCCAGGGAGUUUUUAAACCAAGACCCCCUAGUGGCCAGAUCGAGACAUUACACAAACUUCAGUAGCUGUUAGAUUACAGGCCAUGAUUUUUUUUGUUUCGAAUGGUUUGUAAAUAUCAACCUUCAGUUUCCUGACAGUUACAUUUAACACGCUUGUCUGAUGUUAAGUUUUAGCACUGCUGGACCAGUGCUGCUGUCCAAAUGUAUAUUUUCUUGUACGUUCUUUUAAAGGUUUGUGUAAAACACUUAUCUGGGUGCUUAAUACAGUAUCAUAAUGUCUGCUUGUGCAUGGUCAGUCUUUCUAUUUUUAGUAUUUGAGGGCCUUUACAAACCAAGGAUUCAACUCCUUGGAUUUCAUGAGCACUCCAGCCUAGAUCAUUUAAAACCCCCGUUGCUAAUGUUCUGUUUACACUUUAUUUUUUACACUCGUCUAGUAUUAACUGACUAAUGUGGACGUGUGAGAAAGCGAAAGAUUGUAACAAAGAGAAAAUACUUUAAAAAAAAUGUAUGGGGUGUAAUUCGCAGCCCUGCAAACAGUCUCGAGUGAUCGCCCCCGUCCUUGAGCGCAGACUUAAAAGCGUUCAUUUAUGUCUACACUCAGUCACUCAGGGAGAUAGCUGGGUUCUCUGUCCUGCAGUCUUCUUCAGAUAGCCUAGCAAGACACCUUGCACCAAAUAGAAGACCUUAAAGUAAACCUUGAUCACUGUGUACGGUAACUUUUCUUGUGAGUGUUAUUGCAUCAGUAUCAAAGACUUUUACCCCCCUGUCUUACAUCAGUGCUUUUGGAGAAUUUUCGAGUUUGCUCGUUUAAAGAAAUAGGAUAAAAUAUAUAUAUAUAUAUUUUAAAAGGAUUAUAGAUAAAUGUAAGGAUGAUUAAAUUAAAUCUUCCAGUGUUUUUUUGUUGUUGUUUUUUGUGAUCUUUUUUUGUUGUUGUAGUCUUUUUCUGUAAUAUAUUUUUUCACCCGUUUAGUGUCAUCCUUUGUCUUGGAGAAUUAAAAUCCUAUUUUUUUAAACAUUGUUUUUAAAAAGAAAAUCCCUUGAGAGUCCUCACUGUUUGCCAUGAUCCCUCUGUGGUUAUUUUCGGUUUUAAGUUGAUUGUUUUAAGUAAUUAUAUCAUGUUAUAGAUUUUAAGGAGUAUAAUUUAAGAUAUAUUAUGGAUACAGAAAAUAAAACGAGCACAUGAAAGAGUAUUUGUUGUACAAUGAGAAUGAAAUACAUAAAUUCCAGAAUGUAAUAAAGGUCUUUUUACUUUAAA